AUGUUUGGGUUAUUAUUCAACAUAUCCAGCUUCGUCAUUUCAAUUCUUUUUCCGAUUUAUCUAUCAUUUAAGUCCUUGCAAGCUAACGACUCCAAUCUUUUGAAAUCAUGGCUCAUCUAUUGGAUAGUGUUUGUAGCCAUUAAUUUCAUGGAGACUUUCUUUGCUUUUGUGCUCAACUUUAUCCCCUUUUAUCCCUUCUUGAGAUUGUAUUUCCAAUUAUGGCUUGUGCUCCCUCAGACCAAAGGGGCUGUUUUUCUAUAUUAUAAUUACCUAUCCCCAUUCUUGAAAAAACAUGAGUCCGAAAUCGAAGGGUUUGUCGAUAAUGUCUAUGGAAAUUUUUGGACAUUCCUUUCUGACUGCAAGCAAUUUUUAGUUAGCCUUAUUAAGCGCAAUUUGUUUGGUACGAAGGACUCAGAUUCCGUUCACAAGCCUCGGAAUAAAUACUUCAAUUUCGUCACUAGUUAUUUUGGCAUGCCGGGGAAUCUAAUGAGUAGUGAUGAGGCUGCAGACGAAAAAUUGUCAAUGUCUUAUAUGGAAUCAUUACUUAACCAAUUCAAGGAACAAAAAACUGAUGAAUUUGCCGUGGAUAGCAAUUCAAUGUCAUUUUUCGAAAGCUUUUUAUUGACUAUCCCAAAGAGUGGGUAUGCAUUGAAGAAUACUUUUUCAACUCUGAAUGAAGCUAAACCACGCCUGGGGGAAACAAGUGUUAGUCGGCCUAGCUCUCCGAAAAAAGAACAAGCUGACGUCAGUGCUGAAUUUGAAGAGGAAGUGUUUGAUUUUGUCAACAAAGAUGAAACCCCGGCUGCUUCAGAAGGUAUCUUUUCUAGUUUUGGGUGGGUCAAAGUCAGCAAAGAAAAGACUGAGUAA